CGUGCUGCCCACGGCCCGUGCGACGUCCACGGAGCGAUCGCGACCGGGGCCGGACCGGCCGGGUCGGAGAUCAAUGCGGCUUUGUCUGGGACGCCCACACCCCAGAGGCCGCUCCGGGUCGGCAAAUCGGAGCGCGGCGGCGGGGCCGGGUGAGAUAAGCGGCCAUGUGACACCACCUGGGCGGGGGAGGGGCCGCAGGUGAGGCGGCGGCGGAGCAGGGCGCACGCGGAGCCCGCGGCUGCAGCGAUGUCCGUCGGCAGGAAGGACUGGUCGGCGCUGUCCAGCCUGGCCCGGCAGCGGACUCUGGAGGACGAGGAGGAGCAGGAGCGUGAACGAAGGCGGCGGCACCGCCAUCUGAGUUCUACCACGGACGACGAGGCUCCCAGGCCCACCCAGAAUGGAGACCAGCGGGCUGCUGAGAGGCUGCCCAGUGUGGAGGAAACAGAGGUGCCCAAGCCACCACCCCCAGGCCCCAAAGAUGAGGAUGAAGACAUCCAGUCCAUCCUCAGGAUACGACAGGAGCGGAGGCAGAGGCAGAAGGCAGUGGAAGCCCAGGCCCCUGUGCAGGAGAGGCUGGGGGCCGAGGAGGGAAGGGACAGCUCCAGCCCUGAGCAGGCCAUGCAGCAGCCCCUGGCGCCGAAGAAGGAACCGGAAGCCCUGCCUCGCCGGAGACUGAGCCGAGAGCAGCGGGGUCCCUGGGCCCAGGAUGAGGAGUGCUUGGUGAGCAAGGAGCCAAGCGGGGAGAAGAAGGGGCUUCCGGAGAAGACCUUGGUCUUGGAGAAGUCCUCCACACCACAGCAGACUGUGGCACCCACCAAGAGACUGGCCUCCGAGAAAAGCUGCCUCCCUGAGAAGCUGCUGGCCCCAGAGAGGACAGCUCUGUCCCAGAAGAUGGCAGCGCUGGAGAAGAAAGGCACCCCAGAGAAGUCUGCUCCAGGAAAAUCGAGCAUCCUUGAGAAGUCGCUGGGUCCUGAGAAAGCACCUGUGUCCGAGAAGACAGCAGCACUGGAGAGAAGGUCCACAUUGGACAAGAAAAAAGAUCCAGAAAAAGUCAGCAUCUCUGAGAAGCUGCCAGAGAAAGCACCUUCCGUGGUGUCUGAGAAAGCAUCCUUCUUUGAGAAGUCCUCAGCUGCUGAGACAAAGCUGGGCCCCAAGAAGGCAGCAGCAUCCGCGCAGCCCCAGGCUGCUGGGGGAAGCCAGGCCAGCAGGCGGGAGCCAGAAGGAAGGGCUGUCUCCCGGAAGAGCCCAUCUUCCUCCGAAGUGGAGCGCAGGGUGGCUGGCUCUCCAGCUGUGGCCUCCCGCUUCCCACCCAUUACAAUCCAGGUGAAAAUCCCCAGCAAGGAGGAGGAGGCGGCAGACGCACCUUCACCCACCCAGGUCACCUAUAGCACCUCUCUCAAACGCUCCAGCCCCAGGACCAUUUCCUUUCGGAUGAGCCCCAGGAAAGACAACUCCGAGACAACCUUAACCCGCAGUGCCAGCGUGAGACUGCCGGCCAGCACAGUCAAGCUGGGUGAGAAGCUGGAGAGAUACCACACGGCUGUGCAGAGAUCAGAAUCCGUCAGGUCCCAAGGCUCCUCCCGCACUGAGUUCUUCGUGGCUCCCACGGGUGUAGCCAGCAAACGCCACCUCUUUGAGAAGGAACUGGCUGGUCAGAGCCGUGCGGACCCGGCCUCCAGCCGGAAGGACAACCUGAGGCUGUCUGGGGUCGUGACGUCAAGGAUCAAUCUGUGGAUUACCAGGACCCAGGAGUCGGGAGACCAGGACCCUCAGGAGGUACAGAAAGAGACGGCAGCUGCCAAGAGGACUCAGUGGGCUAAGAAGUCAGAUGGCUCCCUGGAUGCUGAGGUGUGACAGGCUUGCGGAGACAGUCCUACCACUCUGCCUCGCAGGGGCCUCCUUCAAGCCAGGCCCUACCUCCCGAAGCAGCACCUCUGUCUGUCACAGCCCCGCUCCCUUUCUGCUUUUGGAGCUGUCUGGUCAGGGCCCUUGGGGGCCGGGAAUGUCAGUGACACCAGCCAGCUCCUUCCCAGUGCAGCCUUUGGGGCAGCUGUACCCUGGCACCUUCUUGUCCUGCUGCAAGCACCGUAGAUCCGGGACCCAGUGGCAGCCCAUCAGCGCUGUGGAGCCUUAGUGUCCUCCUCAGAGGCACCCCCUCCCUCCUGCCUAUUUCCAGCAUCAGGGUCAGGACGGGGUUGCCUCUGCAGAACUCCAGGGUCACCUGUCUCAUCUGCUCCCGGCAGGUGUCUCCAUGUUCCCGUGAAGCCUUCUGCGCUGAGGCUUGGACCUACACACCCUCUUUGGGGCGGGGGCGCUGCUCCCACCUGCCAAAGCCCUCAGGCCAGGGGGAAGGACUCUCCCAGCACUGUCCACGUGCUCAUCUUCCUGCUUUGUUCCCUACAUCCCCCUUCCCGCUUCCUUUCCCCGGCCUGCUGUGCUGGCUGGGAACUCAGAGCCUUUAUGUGCAACAGCUUAGCCUACCCUCUCAGAAAAACCUGUUCUCAGGAAGGAUCUGAUAAACUCACUCACUCUCAGGUGUAAGCGACGGAUGAUACUUUAAAAAUGAAUUCCUUCCUAGGGAACAAGGAUCAUCUUCAGGGUAUGAGGAGGAUUAUUUUGGCUGGCGUGGGAAGGAGGGUCAUUUUCCUGAUUGCCCCUCUUCUCCCAGGAUGGUGGUAGACUUGCCACUGGGUGGUUGUAGCUUGGUGCCUUGGGAGUCUAGAAUCACCAUGUACACAUCCCACCCAACCUUCCCCCCAAAUCCAGUCCCCCAUUCCUCUAACACCAUGGCCUGGAGGGUCUGGAGAAUGCUGAGCCAUCAGGAACUCAGGACAAAUCAAAUCGAGAACCUAGAAAGGCAACCUGGUGCCCUACAAACUCCUUAAGGCUGUAGCAUAAAAAAUAGCUUUUUUUC